GAAUAUUAUUUUACUGACAAGAUAUAUGUUUUUUAAUUAAAUUGUGCCAUUUUUUCCACAUUAACAACACUUCACAUUUUUACACAAAUUUCUUUUAUUUAUUAUUUAAAUCCCUCUUGCGACACAAAGCUAACACUAUCAUCUCAUGCAAAUGUCGUGCGAACAUUAAAGUCGCAAAUUGUUCGAACGCUAGAAUAUGCUAUUUCCGUAUUGCGAAAGAGUCAAUUAUUGGAAUCAAUUGUUAUGAUGAAAAGCUGCAAUGAAAAGGGUUUCAGUGCGUGCAAAUAAUUGCGCACUAUGUUAUAGUGGCAUAAUUAUGGGCAUCCAACCUGCAACACAAGGAAUUGUUAAUAACGUCUAGGCGUUUUGCUUACGCAAGCAGUAGCAAGCAUACGUAAAAGUAAAGUAAGUAAUCAUUGAUGUAAUUCGAAUUUCUAGUAUUUCUAAGAAUGACCGAGCGAAAGGAUAUUUGGCGAAGUCGAUAUUAUACGAUUCCUCGAUUAUAUAUGACCUUAGCAGGACUAUGGCCGUACCAUCAGAUUUCCAAUAGAUAUUUGCACUUUGUACCAACAUUUAUAAUCUGUUCGAUUAUCCUUAUACCUAUGUUAUUAUACGUGCUCAUCGCCAUGACAGGUCUCGAAGAUUUGUUUGAAUGUAUGCCAACGAUAUUAAUCACAAUAAUAUUCAGCUUUAAAUUAGCAAGUUUGAUGGCGAACAGUGAAAAAAUAAAAGCUUGUCUUAAGACGAUAGAGAAUGAUUGGUUGUCAUUGAAUACGGAUAGCGAGAAGGCUAUUCUGCAGCGACAUGCUGCAUAUGGACAAUAUCUGACGAUGUUUUACGCAGUCUUCAUGGUGAUGACAGGUUUACUUUACAUGCUUAAGUCGAUCGUAUUAAUAAUGAUGGAGGAUACUUCGAACUCGACCAAACUGGCCGUAACGAAACUACCCUUCCGUGUAGAAUAUGGCCAGAAGAUAGAUCAGUACUUUUAUCCAAUACUGAUACAUUGUUAUUUAACUGUAUAUUCUCAUGUAACAGCCACGGUUGCCGCUGAUACCUUUUACAUCUCUUUGAUUCAACACGCCUGCGGGAUGUUCUCCGUCGUGGGACACACGCUGGAACAUAUCGGUAAAGAUAUGAACGCAAAUUUUAAUCUGAAGCCUGACAAAAUAAACGACUAUAAUUACAACAAAGCUCUCGACUGCUUACGCAGACAUCUGCAUGUAAUGGAAUUCGCAGAACUGAUCGAAUCUACGUUUACAAAUAUAUUUCUGGUCAGCGUCAGUUUAAAUAUGAUUGGUGGCAGUAUAUGCGGGAUACAGGUAUUGAUGAAUUUAAAUGAUGCGAAAGAUAUAAUAGCACCCCUUGCUAUUUAUAUUGCUCAACUCAUCCAUCUUUUCCUGCAAUUUUGGCAGGCUCAAUUUUUAUUGGAUUACAGCAACGUUCCGUACGAGUCGAUUUGCAGAGCAAAUUGGUAUUAUACCUCGGAUAGAUGUAGAAAACUUUUGCUUUUAAUCAUGAAUAGAACUGUCUCACCAUGCAGAAUAACUGCGGGCAAAGUGGCGACUUUGUCCAUUGAAAGCUUCGGCGUGGUUCUGAAAACGUCAAUGUCCUACUUCACAAUGCUGCGCUCCUUCCAAUAAGACAUUCAACGUGCGAUUCAUGCAGGCCGGUUUAUUAAGAAAAUUCUGAAAACUGUGUCCACGCAUUCUAAUUAUCAAAAGUAUCAAGAAUA